AGUGAAAAUGUGCUUAAUAGUUGUAAAAGUUUCGUAGAGUUAUUUUUGUGCAAUUAAAUUCAAAAUCUGCAUCAGACGGAAAAAACAUCGAUUAAAAUAUCGAUAGACUACAAUCGCGCUACAGCUGUGCCCUGUGAAAACUUUGCUAAAAGUUGUUCUAUCGAGCCGCAGCCGCCGACGCAAAUAGAAGCAGGAAAACGGGCAGAAAGAAAGGAAGAAGCUAAAACUUUUGUAUUUUUUUAAACCAUACAAACGAAAGCCCAAUAUGACUGAUAUGCGCAACGAGAUGGACAGCGAUCUGGAUCAGAAUUACUCGCUGAACAGCAAUGCGGAUCCCAAGAAUAUGCAGGAGCUGACAAUCUAUAACGUACAGGAUAAAUUCCAGACGAUGUCGGAUCAAAUCAUCACACGCAUCGAUGAUAUGGGCAAUCGCAUCGAUGAUCUGGAGAAGAGCAUUGCGGAUCUGAUGAAUCAGGCGGGCGUCGAGGGAACGGCCCCAGAGAAAUAAUAAGUGCCAGUGCCACGCCCAUAAGCAAGGCACAUAUCGCAUUCAAAAAGCAUAUACAUCGAACAUACAUACGCACGCACGCACACACACUCACACACACACACUCACACACACACACAUUUGUAACAAUUCCAGCAUUCACAUACCAUGCACCACAUGCAAUUGCUCUCAAACUGUAAAACACAAAAAUCAAACCAAAUUUUGCUCAUUUCGUUUUUUUGCAUAGUUUUAAGUUGUCAAAAUUAAGUUAAGUACAUUUUUGAGGCAAGGCAGCAAUAUCGCAAUAUUGCCUUACAGUUUUAAUUACAAUUAAAAAUCAAGAAUUGUACACACACAAAA